AUGGAUGGGAGUCUGUUUGUGCUGCUUGUGCUGUCAGGGCUUCUGAAGACCACUUCUGGUCUCUCUCGUCAGUACUACUAUAUAAAUGCGAGAAUGUCAUGGCCAGAGGCUCAGAGUUACUGUAGAGCAAAACACACUGAUCUGGCUACUGUAGACAGCAUGGAUGGCAAGCGGCUGAUAAAUUUCGUGGAUGCUGGAUACAGUGGAUCAGUGUGGAUUGGACUGAAGAGGGGGACACAGAAACGCUGGGUUUGGUCUAAUGGAGAAGAUACACUUGCAGAGUACAAGGCCUGGGGUGCAGGAGAACCGAACAUUCGAAACAAUUGUAGCUUUCUUGCCUAUGGAGUUUGGAAUACUUUACAAUGCUCAACUUUGAUUUACUUUGUGUGCUACAAUGGUAACACUGGAUACAUUUGGGUAAAGAAGCAGAAGAACUGGACAGAUGCUCAGAGCUACUGCAGACAGCAAUACACAGAUCUGCCUACCAUCCACAACGCUGUGGAACACAAUCAGCUCAAGAGUAUUAUUUUAUAUACAUCAUGGGUCUGGAUUGGUCUGUUCCAGGACUAUUGGGAAUGGUCUGACAAAUGGAGCAACUUCUUCAGAUACUGGGCAGCAGGUCAACCACGUCAGACAUCAGGAUCUGGUGACUGUGUUGGCAUGACAACAGCCGAUUCUGGGAAAUGGAUUCAUGAAAGCUGUGAUCUACACCAUCCUUUUAUCUGCCAUGGAUGGCCCAAGUCUCCUUACCGCACAUACCAGUAUAUGAAUGAAAGCAUGAUCUGGCAAGAUGCACAGAGUUAUUGCAGAGCGAGAUUCACUGAUCUGGCCACUGCUGACACCAUGAAUGAUGUGAGAAGGCUAGUAAACAUAGUGGAUCCUGGAUACAGUGGAUCAGUAUGGAUAGGUCUCCACACCGGGACUCAGUCUCGCUGGGUCUGGUCUAUGGGGGAAGGCACAAUCUCUAACUACACUAUCUGGAACCCAGGAGAACCUAGUGGUGAUGGGAAGUGUGUGAGGACUUUUAAUGGAAGCUGGUAUGAUGAAAGCUGCAGCACUCUUCUCCCAUUUGUGUGUUUCAAUGACAGCACUGGUUUUAUUACAACUGAAUCUGCUAUGACAUGGAGAGAUGCUCAGAGUUACUGCAGACAACAACAUACUGAUUUAGCGAGCAUCAGCAGCCCAGAGCAGCAGAAUCUGCUCAGUAAUGAAUUGUCGCUCUGGAUUGGUCUGUUUCUGGACUCUUGGGAAUGGUCUGAUCAGUCCAAUCUCAGUUUUAGACACUGGGACGCAGAUCAACCAUCACAGACUUCAGGAUCUGGUGACUGUGUUGGCAUGACAACAAACAAUUCUGGGAAAUGGACUCAAAAGAGCUGUGAUCUACAGCAGCCUUUUAUCUGCUAUGGAGCUGACAAAUUAAUAAGAAAACAGAUUGUACGUUUAAAGUUGUCCUGUAAUGGGAAAUGUACAUUAAAUGAUCCCUCUCUACAGACUGCCUUUCUAAACAUGAUAAGUGAAAAACUGAAGAGCAUGGGGCUAGAAAGUGACAACAUUAAAUGGAUCCAGAGGGAAGACGAAGAGGUGUUUCAUCUAGAGAGCAAACAUACAGAAAAAUCAAAUAAUCAGUGUAACAGGAAGUCGUGGCCAGAGACUCAGAGAUACUGCAGAUUUAAGUACACAGAUCUGGCUACCAUAAACAGCAUGGAUGAUGUGUUAAACAAAGUGGAUGCUGGAUAUAAUGGAUCAGUGUGGAUUGGACUGAAGAGAGGGACACAGAAACGUUGGGCAAGCGGAUAUAUAAGCGUACAGGUUUGGAAGAGCUGGGCUGAUGCUCAGAGCUACUGCAGACCAUCCACAACUCUGAGAAACAAAACCAACUCGAGAUUGUUGAGUGGCUCGAUCUGCAGCGGCCUUUUGUUUGCCUUGGAGUCGGAGGAUUGGAGGAUAUCGCUUGUGUUGUGGACGCUGUCGUUGGAUCGUCGUCGAGUCUGUGCUUGGGAGUUCCCGCCUGGGGUGCUGUUCAUUGGAUCUGAGUGUUUGGCGUCUGUGCUUCGGAUUGCUCGUAAGAUGUCGUAA